AUGGUGCACAGUGCAUACGAUUGUUUAGAACUAGUUCCCAAUUUCAACGGCAAGAUCGAAGCAAUCGAAUCCUACGGUUCUAAACUUCUACUCAGUUGCUCCGAUGGAUCUCUCCGAAUUUACGCGCCGGAAACUAAUUCCUCCGAUCGUUCUAAACCCUACGUGCUCGAGAAGAACUAUGCUGGUUUUGCGAAGAAGCCUGUUGUGUCAAUGGAAGUUGUGGAAUCGAGAGAGCUUCUUUUAUCGCUCUCUGAAUCCAUCGCGUUUCAUAGACUCUCGAACUUGGAAACUAUAGCGGUUAUCACCAAAGCUAAGGGCGCUAACGUCUUUUGCUGGGAUGACCGGAGAGGUUUUCUUUGCUUUGGGAGGCAAAAGCGCGUUUGCAUUUUCAGACACGAUGGUGGUAGGGGAUUUGUUGAGGUGAAAGAGUUUGGUGUACCGGAUGUGGUGAAGUCCAUCAGUUGGUGUGGGGAGAAUAUCUGUUUGGGGUUUAGAAGAGAAUAUGUGAUUUUGAAUGCUUCAAAUGGUGCUUUGUCUGAGGUUUUUACUUCGGGGAGACUAGCGCCGCCUUUAGUAGUGCCUCUUCCGUCUGGUGAGCUGCUUCUUGGAAAGGAGAAUAUUGGGGUUUUUGUGGAUCAAAAUGGGAAACUUAUUCCUGAAGGCAGAAUUUGUUGGUCAGAGGCACCCUUGGAAGUUGUGAUUCAGAAGCCAUAUGCUAUUGCUUUGCUUCCCAGAUUUGUGGAGAUUAGAUCUCUUCGACAACCUUAUCCGUUGAUACAAACUAUUGUUCUUCGCAAUGUUCGUCAUCUUUGCCAAAGCAGUAAUUCCGUGAUACUUGCUUUGGAUAAUUCUAUUCAAGGUCUCUUCCCUGUUCCUCUUGGAGCCCAGAUUGUCCAACUAACUGCAUCUGGCAAUUUUGAAGAGGCCUUGUCAUUGUGCAAGCUCCUUCCACCCGAAGAUUCAAGUCUUCGUGCUGCAAAGGAGGGAUCAAUUCAUAUGAGAUAUGCCCACUAUCUUUUUGAUAAUGGAAGCUAUGAGGAGGCUAUGGAACAUUUUCUGUCGGCUCAAGUGGAUAUAACCUAUGUGCUUUCUCUUUAUCCAUCCAUUGUCCUUCCAAAGACAACUGUUGUUCAUGAGCCAGAGAAGUUGGACAUUGAAAGGGAUGCUUCCUAUCUCUCCAGUGUUUCAGAUGAUAUGGAACCCUCACCAUCUGACGAGAAUGCAGCGCUAGAAUCCAAAAAAACAAACCAUAAUAUGCUCAUGGCUCUCAUAAAAUAUUUACAGAAGAAAAGAGGUUAUUUUGUUGAGAAGGCUACUUCAGAGGGAACUGAAGAAGUUGUUUUAGAUGCAGUUGGGGAUAACUUUGCAUCCUACAAUAGGUUUAGAAAAGCAAACAAGGGACGUGGUAUUGUAUCGGUUAGUUCUGGAGCUCGGGAGAUGGCUUCAAUAUUGGAUACUGCUCUGCUCCAAGCAUUGCUUCUUACUGGACAAUCUUCAGCGGCUUUAGAAUUGCUUAGAGAACUUUACAAGUGCAAGUCAUUGCACCGGCAAGCUCUUGAACUUCUUCACAAGUUGGUGGAAGAGUCAAGAUCCAGCCAGUCUGAAAUUACACAAAGGUUCAAGCCUGAGGACAUUGUUGAGUAUCUCAAGCCGCUAUGCGGGACAGACCCCAUACUUGUUCUGGAAUUCUCAAUGCUUGUUCUUGAAAGCUGUCCAUCCCAAACUAUUGAGCUCUUUCUUUCUGGAAAUAUACCAGCAGACAUGGUGAACUCAUACUUGAAGCAGCACUCUCCAAACAUGCAAGCUAGGUACCUGGAACUCAUGCUUGCAAUGAAUGAGAAUGCCAUAUCUGGCAAUCUGCAAAAUGAAAUGGUAAACAUCUACCUAUCUGAAGUACUUGAGUGGCAUGCUGACUUAGAUGCUCAACAAAAUUGGGACGAGAAAACUUUUACCCCAACAAGGAAAAAGUUACUGUCAGCUUUAGAAGGUAUAUCAGAAUACAAUCCAGGGGCUCUGCUGAAACGUCUACCUCAAGAGGCUUUAUACGAAGAACGGGCAUUGUUGUUAGGAAAAAUGAACCAACAUGAACUGGCAUUAUCUCUGUAUGUUCAUAAGCUUCAUGUUCCAGAAUUGGCAUUAUCUUAUUGUGAUCGGGUGUAUUCGCAUCAGCCAUCUCUAAAAAGUUCUAGCAACAUAUACCUAUUGCUAAUGCAAAUCUAUUUGAAUCCUCGAAAGACCACUGCUAGCUUUGAAAUGAGAAUUGCCAAUCUAUUAUCCCCGCAAAGUACAUCCAUUUCUAGAGCUAGUGCAACAUCGAUAAAAAGCAAAGGAGGCCGGGGAACAAAGAAAAUUGCUGAGAUUGAGGGUGCAGAGGGCACAAAAGUUAGUUUGAGCAGCACUGACAGUAGUAGGAGUGAUGAAGAUACGGAUGAAAAUGAGGGUGGCUCUACUAUCAUGCUUGAUGAGGUUCUUGAUCUGUUGAGCCGCAGGUGGGAUAGAAUAAAUGGAGCUCAGGCCCUUAAACUUUUACCCAGAGAGACUAAGUUACAGGAUUUGCUAUCAUUUCUUGGGCCUCUUUUGAGAAAAUCUAGUGAAAUGUACCGUAACUGUUCAGUGAUAAGGAGCUUGAGACAGAGUGAGAAUCUUCAGGUGAAAGAUGAACUGUAUAGUCAGAGGAAAGGAGUUGUGAAGAUAACCAGUGAUAGCACGUGUUCUAUGUGCCGAAAGAAAAUAGGGACUAGUGUUUUUGCUGUCUACCCCAAUGGGAGCACUCUCGUGCACUUUGUCUGUUUUAAAGAUUCUCAAAAUAUGAAAGCAGUGACCAAAGGGUCUCAAUUGAGGAAGCGAUAA